CUUUCUUUAUCGUCGUAGCCGUGAUUCGUGGAAGUAGCGGAGUUGCAGCAGCAACGGCAGUAGUGGAGAAUAGAAAUCUAAUAUUCCACCUUAAAAGUCACACAUUUUUUUAAUUCAUGGAGUAAAUGUGGGAAAUUCGAAGUGAAAAAGCUUAAAUCAGUUUGUGUAAUUUGAUUCUAAUUUAAAACUGCAGAUAGGUAAAAGCCCAUUGUGGAAUAGCGAAAAGGCAUUGUGUAGUGGAAAAUUUGCAACGCUGGCUGAAGCGAAAGAAAUAGCGAAGACGCAACGAGGAACUGGAAGUAGUGGAAGCAGCAGGAGCAGCACGGUUGGUGUAUGCAAACGUAAUAAAGGAAGCAGCGAUAUAAUUAUUGCUACCGUUUUUGACGUUGUGCCAACCAUCAACAGCAAAAGAAAAAACAAAAUCGUCAGAAAUAGCAAUUUAAAAAUUUCACAUGGAUUAUUCAUGAAGGAAUGUAUGCGGAGCAGUGCGAGCAGCAGUAGAAGGAAAAGACGAAAGUGAAAGGCAAGGCAAAGAGGCAGCAGAGCUACAGCAGCAGCAGACUUCAAUUUAGCGUAAGCAGCGAACAAAAGGCGAAAAGUAGGAAGAGUGACAGACAGUAAAAAUAUUCGGAAGACAAAUUGCUGUGUUGCGAUUUAAUCGCUGCAUAAAUUCGUCAAAUUGGGAUAUAGUCAAUACCGUGUGAACAAAAACAAGGUGUAAAAACUUUGUGCACACAAACCUACAGUUCGCUGUCAGCCAGAAAUGUCCAAUGGUGACGAGGUGCUAGACAAUUGGGAAGAAAUUGAUGAAGUCGGUUUGACAAACACACUCCAGAAGAUACAACAAAAACAACGGGAUACGCAACAAAAAACCGAUAGUGCCAAACAGUGCUUAAAUUUGCCAACAAGUCCAGCAAGCGCACCUGCAUCUUCAUUAGCAGUGUUUCCACAAACAGCAAACACAACUUCAACAGUUGAACCCAACCAAUUUACGCUCUCGAAAGUAGAAUUUCCAACACCUGCUGUCGCCGCAACCGUUCCGAUGAAACUGCUACAGCGCAAUGCAAAUAUACAAAAUGCCAGUGGUAGUAAUAUUGCAGCCACAACAGCUGGCGCUGCUGCUGGAACUGCGGAUUUGCAAUCACCACUCGAUGAUAUGGCCGCUUCAUUUCAGCCGGUAAUGAUGUUGCUACACAAACCUGCCGAUGAAUACCAGUCUACAACUUAUGCGACACCAACUAACUUGCAAACAGUGAAGAUACUGCGUCGUCCAACUCAAUCGAUGGAACCGCGUAACAACGGCAUAAAGCCGCGCCAACCUAUCAAAACGUUGCAGCAACGCGAACAAGAGUACGCUGAGGCGCGUUUGCGCAUUCUCGGUUCUGCGAAAAAUCCCGAAGACGAUGUGGGGUCGGCAACCUCUGCAAAUAGUUCAUCCGCAACAACAACCGUAGCUGUUAACACGAUUGCCAGCAUUAAUAAUACGUACAAGGGCAACACAAACUCCCCAAAAGUCAGUCAGUCCGGCAGCAAUGCUGGUGGGUGUAGUGGUGUCGGUGGUAGUAAUCUAUAUAAUAACUACUACAACCAUCAGCAACAGCAACAACAACAACAGCAACAAGCUAAUUAUUAUUAUAUGCAACAACAACAGAAACAGCAUCAGCAACAACAACAACAGCAGAUACCACCCGCUUAUAACUCUCGUUCAAUGUCAGCGCUGCUGCCACUUCCGCUACCGACUACGCCCCAGCAACAGCAUCAACAUCCAAAGGCUCAGCCGCAGACUCAACACCAAACUUGGUCGCCCGUGGUCGGUGGCAGUGUUUCGUCUUCGGCAUUAAGACAGCAACAGCAAGAGACCAUUCUGCGUUUGCCACGCGGACCUGAUGGCUCGGUUGGCUUUCAGAUGCGUCGGUAACGCGGUUGAACGUCUACAAAACACUCACACGUCGCCGUCAUCGCCAAAAUCUUUUGUUAUUAAUGCUCAAUGCGUUGCUGGGUCGGUCCAAUUGCGAUUUUUAGUUUUCUGAUACAUUGCUUGAUUAAAUUUUGCCAAUAUUUUAGUUGUCCAAAUAAUAUUCUGUCCCAUAAUAACUCAGACUGGCCUUUCAAAACGCAUGUAAGCUCGUAUGCAAAAACAUUAAAAAUACAAUAUUGGCUGAUUCUAUCAACUCAUAGACAAUUUUACAAAAGCAGAAAACCAUUUUUUCUUUGUUUAAAAUUUUAAUCUAACUGUAUUUCAAUCAAUUAUAACAGAAAGAUUAUCUAAUCAUAUGUUUAUAACAACUCUUUUUUUUUUAUAUAUACACCUAAUACGUGGAUAUGUGCGUGCUUAUCAAUUACUACAUAUUAUUUUGAAAAUGUCUGAAGAAACGAAGAAUGUUCGUUGGGUUGUUUUGUUUGAGAAAGAAAAAUCUUCGGCAAAAUUGCAUGACCCAAUCUUAUUAACGCCACUAAAAAGUAUAAAAAAUAAAUUAUAAAAGAAAAACGUUAA